AACUCUUAUGAUCGCGCAAGACCGAUUUUGGCUGUGAUUUUCAUGCAGUGCAGCUAUGCAGCCAUGUCGAUUGUCGCAAAAUUUGCUCUCGAUCAAGGCAUGAGUCCUCAUGUCUUGGUUGCUUACCGAAUGGCAGUUGCUGCUCUUCUAAUCGCCCCAUUUGUUAUCAUUUUCGAAAGGAAAACAAGACCAAGAAUGACAUUUCCGAUCUUUGCUAAAAUUUUCUUACUCGGACUAUUGGAGCCUGUGAUGGACCAGAACUUGUUCUACACAGGAAUGAAGCACACAACAGCAACGUUCAUAUCUGCAAUGUGCAACAUUCUUCCUGCCAUGACAUUUCUGCUGGCUUGCAUCUGCAGGCUUGAGAAGGUGAAAAUCAAGAAGCUGCAUAGCCAGGCCAAAGUAAUGGGGACUCUGGUUGCUGUUGGAGGAGCAAUGAUGAUGACCCUGGUUAAAGGACCUGCAAUUCCAAUGCCAUGGACAGGAGUUAAAAUCUUCCAUCAUCAUCAAUCUCCAACAGAUGUUACCAAACAAGAUCUCAUCAAGGGUGCUGCCAUGAUUGUAGUUGGCUGUUUCAGCUGGUCUUGCUUCAUUAUUUUGCAAGCAGUAACAUUAAAAUCAUACCCAGCUGAAUUAUCACUCACUUGUCUGGUGUGCCUAAUCGGAUCAGUGCAGUGCAUUAUACUGACUCUUGUAUUGGAGAGAAAAGAUCCAAAAGUAUGGUUAAUUUGUUUUGACGUUAAGCUUCUUGCAGCUAUUUAUGGAGGAUUAGUGUCUGGAUUGGCAUAUUAUAUAAUGGGAUGGGUGAUGAAGAAGAGAGGUCCUGUUUUUGUGAGUUCAUUUAAUCCUCUAAACAUGGUCAUUGUAGCAAUUUUGAGCUCCUUUGUUCUCUCUGAACAAAUGCGCCUUGGAAGGGUAAUUGGGGCACUAGUGAUUGUUGUAGGGCUGUACCUUAUUUUAUGGGGCAAGAGCAAGGAUGAAGCCUUCUCAGAUCCAGAUACUGGAAGAUUACCAGAAACUCACCAAGAGAUGGCUGCAGCCACCAAUGAGUCAACAAAUCCUGAUUAG